AUGGCAGCGUCAAGCAACGCAGAGCAAACGCAGUUGCAAGAUAUGGAGGAGGAAAAUGCAGGGAUGGAGGAGAGAGAGAUGGAGUCGGACGACGACGAGGAGGGUAUGGGAGUAGAACAUUCAGACGAAGAAGAAGAGGACGACUCGUCGGAAGAUGAGAAGGAGAAUGAAGCCGAAAUUCAGCGGCUGGAGGAGCAGCUGUCAAUCAAUGCUUUUGACUACAACUGCCAUGUGGAUCUCAUCAAGCUAUUAAAGCAGGAGGGAGAGCUUAUCCGUCUGCGAAAAGCAAGGCAGAAGAUGAGUGAACUUUUCCCACUUACUGAAGAGAUUUGGUUAGAUUGGCUCAAGGAUGAGAUCCGCCUGACUGAGGAGGAGCCAAACCGGGAGAAAGUCUAUGAACUUUUUGAGAAAGCUAUAAAAGAUUACAUCUGCCCAGAUAUCUGGCUUGAAUAUGCACAGUAUUCGAUUGGUGGCAUGGGCUCACCAGGUGGGAUAGAAAAAGUGAGGUCUAUCUUUGAGAGAGCCUUAACAGCUGUGGGCCUUCACAUGACCAAGGGACAGACGGUGUGGGAGGCGUACAGAGAGUUUGAGAACGCCAUUCUAUCCACAGUACAGCCUCCUCCUGGCAGGAUUCCCAGCCGUGAGGAGCAGGAGCUGCUGAACACUCAGCUUGAACGCAUCCAUACACUGUUUCGCCGCCAGCUGGCCAUCCCCUUAAUGGACAUGGAGGCCACCUACGCAGAGUAUGAAGAGUGGUCUGACCAAGGGGUGGCAGAAACAGUCGUACAUCAGUACAAAAAGGCUUUGCAGCAGAUGGAGAAGUGCAAGGCCUUAGAGGAGCCACUGCUGGCUGCAGAGCCUCCUAAGCUGACGGAGUAUCAGACCUACAUCGACUUUGAACUGAAGGAGGGUGACCCACCCCGGGUCCAGAUAACCUUCGAACGAGCUCUGGCCGAGAACUGCCUGGUACCAGACAUGUGGGCAAAAUACAACACAUAUCUCGACCGUCAGCUGAAAAUCAAAGACCUGGUUAUUUCCACUCAUGAACGUGCCGUCAGAAACUGCCCCUGGACCAUGGGUUUGUGGAAGAGCUACCUGCUGGCUCUGGAGAGGCACGGGGCUGAUCAUCAAACUGUCUCAGAUGUUUUUGAAAAGGCACUGAAUGCAGGUUUCAUUCAAGCGACAGAUUAUGUGGAAAUUUGGCAGGCAUACCUUGACUACCUGAGGAGACGUGUGGAUUUCAGCAAAGAGUCCAGUAAAGAAUUAGAGGAGUUACGAGGAUCCUUCACUCGAUCUCUGGACUACAUGAAACAAGAUGUUGAAGAAAGAUUUGGCGAAAGUGGAGAUCCUUCCUGUGUCAUAAUGCAGAUCUGGGCAAAGAUAGAGGCCCUCCACUGCAAUAACAUGCAAAAAGCCAGAGAACUGUGGGACAUCAUCAUGACAAAAGGGAACGCCAAAUACGCCAACAUGUGGUUGGAGUACUAUAACCUUGAAAGAUCGUACGGAGAUGCUGUCCACUGUCGCAAAGCUCUUCACAGAGCAGUCCAGUGCACCUCAGACUACCCAGAGCACGUGUGUGAAGUCCUGCUCACCUUUGAGAGGGUGGAAGGUUCUCUGGAGGACUGGGAUGUGGCAGUGCAAAAGACAGAGACCCGGCUGAACAGGGUUAAUGAGCAACGGGCAAAGGUGGCUGAGAAAGAAGCCAACCUGGCUCGCCAAGACGGAGACAGAGCUGAGCAACGGCGAAAGACCAAGGCAGAAAAGAAGGGUCAGAAAAAGGGUCAUAAGGAGUUUCGACCCAGGGAGAAGAGGAAAGCAGAGCAGGAUGAUUAUCACAAUGAAUGGAAAGAAGACUCAGCCCCCAAAAGGCACAGAGGAAACAAGGACCAAACUGCAGAAGAGUGUAUGGAGACAGAGACAGGACUGUCUGGGAGGAAUGCUCCCCCCGGCUAUAAGCCUACUCCACCUAGCGUUAAAAAAGCCCAGGAGGCUGCCGCCCAGAAGCAAAACGACGACAAGCCUGAGCUCCGAAACGAUAACAGCAGUGUGUUCAUCAGUAAUCUGGCAUACACCCUGGAGGAGCCUGAGGAAAAACUCAGGACGCUGUUUGAGCCCUGUGGCCCUAUUAAUCAGAUUCGCCCCAUCUUCAGCAACAAAGGGGGCUUCAAAGGCUACUGCUACGUACAGUUUGAAGCCCCGGUGUCAGUCCCUGAAGCCCUGAAGCUGGAUAGACGAGAGGUGGAGGGCAGGCCCAUGUUUGUGUCACCAUGUGUAGACAAAAACAAAAACCCUGACUUUAAGGUGUUCAAAUACAACACAUCUAUUGAGAAACAGAAAAUCUUCAUCUCUGGUCUGCCAUUCUCCUGCACUAAGGAACAACUGGAGGAAAUAAGCAAAAAAUAUGGCACCGUUGUAGAAGUUCGUCUGGUCACGUAUCGCUCAGGAAAACCCAAGGGUCUGGCAUAUGUUGAGUUUGCAGAUGAAACUCAGGCUUCUCAGGCAGUACUGAAAAUGGAUGGUAUGGAGAUAGAGGGCAACAAAAUCUCUGUUGCUAUAAGUAACCCUCCUCGCAGGAACAUGAUGGAUAAACCUGGUUCCAGCAGACCCAUGACAGACCUGAUGCCUCGACAGGUCUAUGGCUCGAGGGGUAGAGGACGCACCCAGCUCUCAUUACUCCCUCGUUCCCUGCAUCGACAAAGUGCUCCUGUAAGCAAAGUGGAGAACGGGAAUGCAGCAACAGCAGUGAACACAGCCGGAGAAGCAAAGCCUUUGUCAAAUUCAGACUUUGCCAGGAUGAUUCUCAAUAAGUGAAAGGAUGAGCGAGAGAAUCCCGACCGCCCUCACACUGAAAGCCAUCUUGUGUCCUUACAAAUUAGUGUUGGUGAUUCUUCUGUACUCGGUUACCGGACUUCCCUUUAAUCUCAGUCUUGUUCUCAUCAUCCGUUCUGCGAGAUUGCCUUAAUCGCAGAGCUCCUGCCCUCCGUCACAAAAUCUUUUUCAACCAACAUCACAGUGACUUUUGACCGGUGUGAAAGAUAGUUUUUGUUGUUGCUGCUGCUGGGUGGUUUUGAAGGUGGCUGGCAGGCUAUUUUAUAAAAAGUGUAUAAUAUUGGUGUGUAAAUAUAUUGUAUCUAAAUUGUUGGCCUCAUGUUGCAAAGUGUCUUCUUUUGUGGUUAAAUGUGAAGGGAUAUGACAGAGGCUUAUGGGAGAGUAUUUUUUUAAAUAUUCAAAACAGCCAAACUUGAGUGUUGUUUAAGAAGGUAUAUACAAACACUCAGAUGUGGUGUAAUAUAGUUGGUGUGUGUAUGUGUGCGAGUGUGUGUGUGUGUGUGUGUACAUAAAUUGGAUGUGCUACAGUGAUAAAAAAAGACAUUCUUCAAAUGUUUUAGGAAACAUUUUGGGAUUUUUGUUGUGCAACUUAUCUUUACCUCUGAGGACUAAACUAACAAUGACUCUAUACAGCAAUGUAUUUAGUUUUUUACACAACACCAUCUCUGAGUUAACAUUAGCUGUUAACGGUGUUAUGGUUCUAUGGAGUACCUCCAGUGUGUCCAGCAAGAUAAUAUUAGUUGUCUACUUGUCUGUAGGGAAGUUAUCACUUUGCUCUAUAUAACAACUGCCCUAUGUGUUAAUGCUUGAUGUGGAGUUAAAGAUUAUUUACAGAGGUUCUCUAAGUAAACUGUCAUGAUUUAUGUUACUUAUUACUUGUAACGGUUAAUGUAACCUUUCAAAUUAGGGGACAAACAUCCAUCAAAUCACCACAUUGUUUUAGAUAUCAUUCUGUUUCAUUUGGUGGGCAUAGAGAAAGAGAUUCAGACCAUAUUCCCUUCACACUAAGAACGCACAGAUCUUAUUGGCUGCCUUGGUGGCUGGACAUCUGCUUUUAUCUGUGCUUUAAUUUGAUUUACAUAAAGUGAUUUGAGCACGAAAACAUGUGCUCAACACUCCUUAAGAUGGUUUAAAGCUAAAUGAUUUAACUUUUGACUACAAGUGUUACAUUUAAGAAGGUGGUUUAACAGUAUUACAAAUAGUGACUCUGUAAUGUCAGUUACACCACAGCAUCUACCUAAAGUUGGCUAACAUUAGCCACCACACUGGUCAGACGAGCAGCAGCAAAACUAUUGUGUACUAAACUGUACAAAGGUUCAUUUUUAUUUCUCAUGAAUUCAUCUUGUUCAUAAGAAAACAGUUUUUUUUCUUCUUUCAAAAACUUGCAUAGUCUCACUUUAAGGUGUCAAUAAGAUGCUUGAGCUCAGACACUCAGAGAAAUAGACAGAAAAAACACUGAAAAUGAAUCCUUAACUCCUUUACAAACUGACACCCAAGUAGUUUUAUAAAUGUGCUUUCUUCAUGCGUGUUCAGUAGAGUUGAUCUCACUGAAUUAACUUCAGUCAUUAGGCGGACCAGUUAGCUGACAUAUCCCAAGUAUUCUGGGAAAUUAGGCUAUUUCUAUCAUGUACAUGUAUUAAGUUCUGCAGCUCCUUCACUACAAGAGAGAAUCUAUGCAGUUUUUCCAUCUCAUGUGUGGUGUUGAUUAGAUUUAGUAUAGCAGUUCACACUUCACUUGUAUAGUCUGGAUAAGUUUGUGUACAUAGUGUUCAGUGUUAAAAGGUCACCAUAGUUUGUAACAAAUGUAUACGUUUUCAAAACAGAUGGAAUACAAGCUAUAUGUAUUACUCUCACCACAGUGGCCUAAUCUAAAAAAAAAAAAUCUAAAUAUGUUGGUCUCUAAAAGUCACCUCCUGUUUCAUGUGAAAUACUCCAAUGUGCUGUGUUUUUCUUUUGUUCCAUUUAUGCAGUCAGCUUCAGUUUGGUAGAGAGGUGAAUAAUAAAUGGCUGUUUUGUUUUGUUUGUUGAAUCACAAUAUUUAUUUUCUUGCUUGUUUCCUUAUCCAGCCUUUCAUACUUUGUGUUUUGGAGUACUGUUAAAAAAAAGUCAUGCCAUGUUCUUAUUUUCCUGGU